AUGGUCCCGGGCAUGUGCUUAUUGUUCGCCAAAGAUCAAGAAACUGCAUUGGGUUGGUUCUUCUCCACUUAUUGGGCUUGGACUGGUAGAGGCAAUGGCGAGGUUAAACACUGGAAAAAUACUGCUUAUCUUUGCGAGCACUCGAUCGGGACCAAGAGGGUCUUUCAGAUGGACACAGCUGCCCUAGACAAAGAUAAUACUAGUUUUCUAUGGCACUUAACUCAAUGUAAUUCCUCUUCAAUCGGUCUCUGGGGCUUCGAUCACACGCUUCUGAAGGAAAUAAGUGCAAGCUAA